AUGGCUGAUGACAUCCCCCUUCUUUUUCAUGGAAUCGCUUCGACAACCACGGCUCAAGAGCUAUAUGAAAAACAAUAUGAGCAAGCACAACCUGUCUCAGAAGAACCAGGAGCUGGCACUCCUCUAGAGCGACCUUCUUUUCGUCCGAUAAACAAGCGCCUCUGUCAAGUCAACAAGUAUGAAUUUGGAAACCCACAGCGUCACAGGAGAGCCAGAGCAAAGCUCCGAAUGAUAAAGCAUGGACUUCUCAAGCACUUCGAGACACCUAAGCUAGAUGCCGUCGACCAUCAAUUUGAGCCUCAAGAGCGCCCUCAGCUUCGCAAACCGAUGUUUGCCAAAGUAUAG